UACGAGCGCCUCAAAAUCAAGGAAAAAUUCUCAGUUAGUGUUAUAGAGUGUUUGAGUCCAAACAGAGGCAGUUCCCAAAUCGCAACCGCCCAAAAAUAGGAUGAAGAGGCAGCCCAGUCCGUUGAGGAAUCUUCGGCAGAAAUGCGGGGGCAGUUGCACCAGUGACGAUGAUCUGCCGGAGGUCAAGUUAAACACCACGCCGCUCAUAGGAGUGCCUUUCAUCCGGAGCCGCCUAAAGCCGCCGAAAUCUCAGAAGGGCAUGUACUACAGUACGGACUGGGACAAGUCGGCGCUGGUCAGCAAUUUCCAGAAAAGGGGAUGGCUGCAGGUGCCGUCCUUUAAUGGCGAUUGGAACUUCUACUGGGCCUGCACCCAGAAUUGUCGCUAUAUCUUCGGCAUCGAUCAUCCGUAUCGCAUGCGAUCCGAUCAAGUCAUUAACCACUUCCCGAACUCCGUUGAGCUGUCGCGCAAGGAUCUGCUGAUCAAGAACAUCAAGCGAUAUCGCAAGGAUCUGGAACGGCGCGGCGAUCCCCUGGCACAGACCCAUUCGCCGGACACCAAACUGGGCAUUGGAGGCACCCGCUACAAGCACCUGGACAUCAUACCCAUGACCUUCGUCCUGCCCUCGGACUACCAGAUGUUUGUGGAGGUCUUCCAUCGCAAUCCGGCCAGCACGUGGAUCGUGAAGCCGUGCAGCAAGUCGCAGGGCGUGGGCAUUUAUCUGGUGAACAAGCUGUCCAAGCUGAAGAAGUACGCCUACGAAGCCCGCACCUUCUAUCCGCAAAUCAAUCGGGACACCUGCGUCAUCUCCAAGUACAUCGACAAUCCGCUGCUCAUCGGCGGCAAGAAGUUCGACCUGCGGCUCUUCGUUCUGGUCACGACGUUCAAUCCGCUGAAGGCAUAUCUCUACAAGGAGGGCUUCUGCCGGUUCUGCACCGAGAAGUACGACCAGACCGAGAUCGACAACGUUUUCAUGCACUUGACCAAUGUCAGUAUCCAGAAGACGAAUCAAGAGUACAAUUCAAUUCAUGGUGGCAAGUGGCCACUCCAGAAUCUGUGGCUCUAUUUGGACAGCAUGCGCGGCGAGGGCGUUUCAGAGAUGCUGUGGAGCCGCAUCACCGACACCAUCAGGCACACUCUGGACGCAGUGGCUCCGGUGAUGGCCAACGAUAGGCACUGCUUUGAGGUCUAUGGAUACGACAUCAUCAUCGACAACAACCUGAAGCCCUGGCUGAUCGAGAUCAACACGUCGCCAUCGAUGCACUCGACCACCACCAACGAUCGCAUGCUCAAGUCGCGGCUGAUAGACAACGUCCUGGACGUGGUGGUGCCGCCAAACUGUUUUCCCGACGAGCACUGGGACAAGACGCCCAAUCCGGAGCUCCUGAAAAACUUCACCGUACUGAAGCCCAUUCCGGCUUUAAAGCCAACGACAGAGGCGCCAAUCCGCCGGAAGAUUAGAUCCUCCAAGAAGCGCAAGUCCAAGUGCACAGCUAUCGCACCUGACGUCGUCGGCUCAUCCACUCCACCGCCCGCCGAGGGCGAGCCAAAGAUUAAGAGCAACAAGAAAAGGCGGUGAAUGGGGAGGUUGUUAAAUGGAAACCAAAUCGGUUGGACUGGUGUUUUUAGAAAUUUUUGUAACUUUUAAUUCGCAACUCCGUAUUUCGGUAUCGCACAAAUUACUUAGGGUGUACACAAAAUUAAAGUAUCGUAUAUAUUCGCUAUACAUGUAAGCCUACAAA